UCACUGGCCAGGAAACCCAGUUAAUGAGCAGGAAAACGGCGAACAGAAUGUUGGAGGAAAAGAUGGCUGAGCUGAAGAAGAAAAUUAUCGGUGAACUGGAGAAUGUGGAGCAUGUAUGCAUCACUGCAGAUUGCUGGACUGCUCAUCGAAGGUCAUUCUUGGGAGUUACCUGCCAUUUUUUGGAAGGCUAUGAAAGAAAAUCCUUUGCAUUGGCCUGCAAAAGAGUGAAAGGUUCGCACACCCAUGAUGUCCUAGCCACGCAGCUCAACUCCAUCCUGAGAGAGUACAAGAUCCAGAACAAAGUUGUUCGCAUUGUGACGGACAACGCAUCAAACUUCGUGAAAGCUUUCAGGGUGUUUGGUCAGGAUCAGUCACCAGAAGACUCAGACAGUGAUGAGGAAGAGGAGAACAUCACUUCUGUGGAGUUCCUGCCAGGGGAAUCAACAUCUGUUGUACUGCCCCCUCACCAGCGUUGUGCGGCCCACACGCUUAACCUGGUCGCAAGCAAGGACAGUGAGGCUGCCCUUCAGGACGGUGCAUUCCGAACUGCCAGCAGAUCCCUGUUUGCAAAAGCUCAAGCUGUCUGGAAUAAGCAGUCCAGAGUUGUGUCUGCUGCAGAGAGCAUUCAAGAGGCUACGGGACGGCAGAUGAUCAUUCCAAACCAAAACCCGCUGGAAUUCUACGUAUGAUGCCGUCCAAUGCCUUCAAGACCUCACGGCUGAGCAGCUGACCAAGUUAGCAGAUGCCCUUGGCCUCCCAAGGUUUACCCCCAGAGACCAGCUCUUCAUGAAAGAGUUUGUUAUGGUGAUGGGGCCUCUUGCCAGAUGCCUCAACUACUUGCAGGGCGAGAAGUGCGUGGGCUUGGGACACCUCCUGCCUCAGCUCAACACCCUCAAGAUCCGCAUCGAGCAACAGAAGUCCAAGCUAGAAAUCUGUGGUCCCCUGGCUACUGCUGUCCUGAAUGGGUUGGAGACCAG